UUGGUAUAAACGGCUAAUUCUCUUCUAACUUUUCAAAAUCAUCAAUGAUCGUAUUCAUUCUUCUCCUGUUUUCAUAUCUGCUUCACUCUCUUCGUCUUUCAAUCCAAACGAUUAUUAAUCCGCAGAAGGGUUUUCUUCUCACCAGUGAUCUUCCUCUCCAAUUAUUCUCGUCUCUUCUCCGAGUUCAUGAGAGGUGACUUCGAGCUCGAUCGCGUAUUCAUGUUGCUCCCUGUUCCAGUAAUGAAAUAGAUUGUUUUUAAUCUACUUAUCUAAUUUCAAGAAUUGGGUUUUUUUUCUUGAUUAGAGAGUUCUUUAAAGAAGUUUCAGUUUUAGUGUUUCUUGGAAGAGGGUUUAUUAACGUAUUAUCAAGAAGACGGCAAUGGCGGCAAUCAGCGGUGUUGAUCGUCUCGCCAAGGAAUACAGUUCUCAGCCCAGAGGUUUCCUGACUCCUCCGGCGGCAUGGAAGAAGAUGAGAAGGUGUUCUCCUCCGGUUGUGCCGGCGACGGAGAAGGGGCCAAGAAAGUCAAAUCAGCCAAGAGGCGACCUCUUCCAUGUCAUUCACAAAGUCCCUUCCGGAGACUCGCCUUAUGUUAGAGCAAAACAUGUUCAGCUCAUAGAUAAAGAUCCAGGAAAGGCUGUGUCCCUAUUCUGGUCAGCUAUAAAUGCCGGGGAUCGAGUCGACAGUGCCCUGAAGGACAUGGCUGUUGUUAUGAAACAACUUGAGAGGUCAGACGAGGCGAUUGAGGCCAUUAGAUCAUUUCGCCAUCUCUGCCCUCCUGAAUCUCAAGAAUCACUUGACAACAUUUUGGUUGAGCUGUAUAAGCAAUCUGGCAGGGUCGACGAAGAGAUCGAAAUGCUUAAAGUAAAACUGAAGCAAGUUGAAGAGGGAAUAGCCUUUGGAGGGAAGAGAACAAAGAUCGCUAGAUCUCAAGGGAAGAAGGUUCAAAUUUCAGUUGAGAAAGAAUAUUCUCGGCUGUUGGGCAAUUUGGCAUGGGCUUACAUGCAGCAGAAAGAUUUCAAGUCUGCAGAAGAGCAUUACAGGAAAGCAUUGUCGUUUGAAUCAGACAAGAACAAGCAGUGCAAUUUAGCAAUAUGCUUGAUGAACACUAACAAAAUGGCUGAGGCCAAGUUUCUGCUACAAGCUAUUAAAGUUGCAUCCAACAAUGGCGCUAUGGAUGAAUCGUAUGCUAAAUCUUAUGAGCGUGCUGCUGAACUGCUGGCUGAGUUGGAGUCGUCGCAGCAGCAUGUUCGUAAGCCUCCGCCUGUAAAGCAGACUGAAUCGAGUAAUGGUUACAAUGCAUUCUGUUUUCAGAAGUAUUGUGAUGGUAGUAAGAAUGGUGUGCUUCCAUCUCCUCCUCCACUGCCUUGUUUUAUCAAGAAAACGAACAACCGGGCAUUCACUGGAUAUCCGAAUGAGAAAAGGCCGGAUCAUGAUUGGAGGAUGAACCACAGCUAUCCUUUAAAUGUUGGUCAAGAAUCAUCUUAUUCUGGAUGCAAGAAGCCACCGGAAUCUUGUCUCGGCAACAGGAUUUUUCCAAAAGCACCGUUCACUCAGCCGCAGUGUUCGAGGUAUGGAAAUCAGAGAAAGGAUGCUACUGGUCAUGGAAGUCCUUGUAGGAAACUGUCCUUCGAAUCAUCCAUGGAGGCGUCGAAAGCACAGGGCGAUGACGAGAGAAUGAGUUCUUUUACAUAUAACAGCCAGGAGUCAUCUGCUGCAGAUGAACAACGCAAAGAUUUGAUCUUUUAUGAUGACAAUUUGAAAACUGAAGGAAUCUAUGACCGGGUUUCGGAUGCUAAUGCUGUGGAAACUCUUUCUCAAGAUGGAAAAACAUGUGGUGGGAAUAAAAAGAGCUGGGCUGAUAUGGUGGAAGAAGAAGAAGUUGAAUGUUGGAGAGACGAGAAUGUGGACUUCAACAUAAUCACUGAGACGCCCAGAGCAAUGGAUCAAGCUGAGAAAUUAAGUCAGAAGUUGGAAAUGAUGGAACUUGGAAGUGGAUAUUUCACUCAACCGGAGAAGAAAUCGACGUCAGCGAGGCGAUCAUUGUGUUUCGAUCAAGAUGCGGCGGUGAAAAGCCAUUGUGCUGAGCAAAUGACAAAUAACGUUCUAAACUUUGAAGACCAAGCUUUAGUGCUGUCAGAGGAUGAUUUAAGCUCUGGUAAAUCUAUGAAGCGGAGAAACAGGCUGCAAGUUUUCCAGGAUAUAACACAAGUUCAUUAAAGGGCCUUUACUAUUGAUUUCUUUCUGUAAGAACUUCAUUCUUUACUGUAGUAUUGUAUGUAAGUAAAUCUCGACUACUAUAAACAGCUGUUGUAAGUGUGGAAGUCUUCUACAGGCGCAGUUUACUGUGUUUCUUUUUUCUCAUAGUAUUUGAAAGAUUCGUUUAAGUUCUUGUUCCAUAACAUUUUUCACAAUCAUAUAAUCGCUAUUU